AUGAAUGCACGCUGGUCUCAACUCGCAAUUGUUCUUAUUCCCACAAUUGCUUGGCUUGACCAUGGCACACCCUGCUGGGGUACCACAUCUAGCGGUCAUACAGCUGGGACCAGUUUGGCGGGGCUCACGGAGCUGGACGAGUGGCUUGAUAUUUUUCUUCGGACGGCACUCGGCGAUGGGGUGGCAUGGAGCCAUUACGCAAGUGACUUGAACCAAAACACAUUCUUCUUUAGGAGAACAUUUGGCAGUGUGGCAGUCUGCAAAGUUCACGUUGAGAUACCCAGGUUUGCAGGAACACCCAACUUGGCAAUUCAAAAUGCAGUUAACCAAUGGUCCAUUUUUUACUGGGCACUUUUUCUCGGUACAUGGAUUAUGACAAUCGUUAGCUUGCUCAUUGGUUCUACAUGUCAAAUUCGCCGAUGGUGGUGCUGGAAGAGUUGGAGCAACUGGUGCGGUCGUGUUCGCAACUACAUUGCACUGAUCUUGAGGGACACAUGCCUUAUCGGAUCUUCUGAAGAAUCCUUUAUCGCAUUGGCAACCAACAACACAUUGAAGAGUGCAAAACGACUGCAAAAAUAA